AAACAAAUACAUCUAGAUUGCAUCUAAUAGACGACAUCAAUUUUGAACUUGAAAUUAAUUUUGUCAAAACUAUAUUUCACUUUUCUCAUUUUUGGCCAACAACCUGAUAAUGCUGAUACAACGUUUCAAAUUUAAACCAAACCGUUAACACCCGCCUUUCCCGUAGCCUAUAAAUGGCGCGAGGGACGAAGAGAGCUGCCUCUCUGGAAUCCGAAUCUGAAUCUGCAUCUGCAUCUGCUUUUAGAUUAAGAAAGUAGUGACCGUACGGCCCCAUAAGACCCACACAUGCACACGUCUCUUUCUACCAUACAAGAUGGGGUUGUCUUUCGCCAAACUUUUCAGCAAACUUUUUGCUAAGAAAGAUAUGCGUAUUCUUAUGGUGGGUCUUGAUGCUGCUGGUAAAACCACCAUUUUGUAUAAGCUCAAGUUAGGCGAAAUCGUUACCACCAUUCCUACCAUUGGAUUUAAUGUGGAAACUGUGGAAUACAAAAACAUCAGCUUCACAGUGUGGGAUGUUGGGGGCCAAGACAAGAUUCGACCACUAUGGAGACACUACUUCCAAAACACACAAGGGCUUGUCUUUGUGAUUGACAGCAAUGAUCGAGAUCGUGUUAUUGAGGCUAAAGAUGAGCUGCACAGGAUGUUGAAUGAGGACGAGUUGAGGGAUGCUGUGCUUCUUGUGUUUGCAAACAAGCAAGAUCUUCCAAAUGCAAUGAAUGCUGCUGAGAUCACCGAUAAGCUUGGCCUUCAUUCUCUUCGACAACGCCAUUGGUAUAUCCAGAGUACAUGUGCCACUUCCGGUGAAGGAUUGUACGAGGGAUUGGACUGGCUUUCAAACAACAUUGCUAACAAGGCAUAGAGGAUUCUGCAGGUUACUAGCUAUCUCCAUCUGUGAGUACGUGUAUGUGCAAACCCAGCCCAUCAUAUAUCGCAAAUAGGCCGGAAAGCAAUCUGUCUUGGCUUAUAUUAUCCUGCAACCCUGUCAGUUGGGUUCAACUUGGUCUAUUUCAGUUCAUUGUCUAGACUUGAUUUGCUAAGCCAAAUAUUAUUCGUAAAGUCGUAACUGAUGAUCUACUUCUCGCUUAAAUGGGGAUGUACUCAGCCAUUACUUUGUCACAGAAAUUUCGAGCAAGAGUGUGCCAAAGUGGGAGGUGGGACUCAUGGAUGACUAGUUGUUGUAUAAUUCCAAUUUUUGUGUAAUAAAUAAAUAAAUAAAUAAACAACAAAAAAUACCAAAAUUGUAUUAUCUAGACACCAAAAAGAACCGAGUAAUUGACGGACAAUUC